AUGGUCGACCUGAAUUUUGUGCUUCGUGUUGACCCCGACGUACCGUUGCGAGAGACCAUCAUCACUUUAGCAGAGCUCGUCGGGGAGGGCAAGAUUGGUGGUGUCGCACUUUGUGAGAUGGAAUUAUCGCUCUUCAAUACCGACCCAUUGACGAACGGAAUCACCGACACGUGUUUUGAGUUGAACAUUCCCAUUUAUGAGUCCGUCGUGUCAAGUAUGUUGACCGGGCAGUACAAAUCACACGACGACUUUCUUGAACGAGACAUACAAAAGGCUAUGCCAAGAUAUCAGCCAGAAAACUUUGCUGUCAACAUGAAAUCGGUUCAAGAGCUCGAGAAGCUUGCGAUUAAGAAGCGCUGCACACCAGCGCAAUUGGCCCUCGGUUGGGCUUUGACCUUGUCAAAGCAAAAGCACAUGCCGGUAAUCAUCCCCAUUCCCGGAUCAGUCCGACCAGAAAUGAUCAAAGAGAACUCGACACCGGUUCAGCUAAGUCAAGAGGAGAUGAAUGAGAUUGACAUCGUCCUAGCCCAAUUUGAAGUUGCUGGUGACAGAUACGGCGCUCGUGCCAUGCGACUUGUCAAUGGCUAG